AUGCUUGAUAGCUAUACCUCCAUUCUAGAAUCUAUUAAAAAAGAUGACAUUGAAGAAUUCGAAUCAAAACUAACCCCUGGGUUUGAUUUCGAAUCCAAAUUCAAUCUUCCACCAGAUUUAAUUCCAGAUAUUCUUAAAGAUGGUGCAUGCUGGAUCCAUUUCAUAGUCCACAGUGGUGCAGUCAAUAUAGCGAGAUUAACACUUCCCAAUGUUAACCCUAAAAUUGUUGACGAAAAUCGAAGAGCACUAAUUCACUUCGCAGCUGCAUCAAACAACUCCGAAAUGUUCACGCUUGUUGAAACUUUUACAUCUUCAAGAGAUAUACUCGAUGCUGACAAUUUUAGUGUUGCUUGUUACGCAGUUUUUUCUUUAGAAAUCUUAGAAUACUUAUGGAUGACUGGAUAUGAAUUCAGAUUACUAGAUCUUACAUAUGCAGCGCAAAUACAGGCAUGCGACGGCUUUAAUUUUAUUUUUGAUAUUUUAUAUGAAGAAUAUGAAAAAGUUGAUAUAACAGUUUUCUUCUUACCAUUACAAUCAGUUAAAUGGCAGGUAGCUCACAAAAUUUACGAGCAUGUCACUGAAAAAGGUUUAGAUCUUACAAAUCUCAAAGAUCCUAAUGGUCGAACUCCUCUUCUACAUUACUUUGUAUACAGGAAUGACUUUAGGAUGGUGAAAGAACUCAUUCCAUUCAUUAAUGAUUUUGAUUUAAGAGAUAGUUUUGGUUGGACAGCCUACGAAAUAGCUGCAAAAAAUUCCUUUAAGAAUAUAAUUAAGGCUUUUGACGAUUUUGAAAAUAAAAAGAAACAAAUAUAA